GCAUUCAGCGUUAACGUAACUGAUAAAGUUAAUUUUACUGUCGUGUGAUUAAAAAGUUACAAACUUGAAUCAUGAAACAGUAUUUUGUAGAAUUGUAGAAUAAGAUUUGUGGUGGAGUCACAAAUUUAAUAAAGGGCGUGUAAAAUUAAGUAUACACUCAUAAUAGCUAUUAUUUAAUCUUUGUACCCCACAUAGGUUCUGGGUAAAGAAUGUGCACCGGACCACCCUUCGUCUAAGAUGGCUCCGCCCAUGAAUAAGAUUGCAUAUUUUGGUAGAUUCUUGUAGUUCAGUGAGACCUUUUCUAAAUUUCGGUCAUAGUAAGAGCUAAAUAGCAACAUGUGAUUAUGAUUAGAAGAUUAUAAAUUUAAAUCGUGAAAAUAAUUUUUUCGUACAAUUGUAGAAUAAUGUUGUGUACAUAGAUUCUUGUAGUUUAGUGAGAUCAUUUUUGAAUUUAGUUCGUAGUGUGAGCUUAGUAUACGGAAGUUUUCCUUUAAAUUAUUCCAAUGAUUUCUUUGUGUUACCAAAAUACUACAACAAUAACAUAACUGUAAUUUGACUGAGAAGGUAGUAUGUAGGUAGACACACACCAAACCUUUAAAUAUCUUUUUUCAAAUUUUACAUUAAAAAAAUCUUUUUUUGAUCCAAUCUUGAACCAUAAUGACUUGAUUAUGAAUAAAGCUUUCUUUUUUAUUUGUCUUUGUCACCCUUACUCUACCUUUAUAAACUCCAAUAUGGAGUUCCAUAGCUGCCCAUAUAGUUCUUUCUUGCAAUCUUGAGCUGUGCUAUGUUAGAGAAAAACAUAGAUCUUGAUAUUGUUUAGUUAAAGUUUUAGCUUUUUUGAAUCUUUUGGUAAAAAUGGGUACUUUGUUUAUGCAAAAGGGAGUGUUUUUGGUGUGGAUUUGUUUGUUUGGUUUGAGAUUUAUUUGUGGAACAGCAGCUCAAGGGACUGUGUUUGUAGAUGGGAAAGUUGCUAUUGGAAGAAUAGAUAGGCAUUUUAUUUGUGCUACUUUGGAUUGGUGGCCACCUGAGAAAUGUGAUUAUGGAACUUGUCCUUGGGACCAUGCUUCUUUCUUGAAUCUGGAUCUUAACAACAUUAUUUUUCUCAAUGCAAUAAAAGCCUUCUCACCAUUGAAAAUUCGGUUGGGCGGAACUUUGCAAGACAAAGUUAUAUACCAAACUGAAGAUCACAAACAGCCCUGUGUCUCAUUUGUUAGAAACAUGACGGAGAUGUUUGAUUUUACUCCAGGGUGCCUUCCCUUGUCUAGAUGGGAUGAACUUAAUGCAUUCUUUAAUAAAUCUGAGGCUAGUAUAAUUUUUGGAUUAAAUGCUCUAUAUGGAAGAUCAGUACACCGUGGCGGUUUAUCCGUUGGUGCUUGGGAUCCAAGCAAUGCUGAAUCACUUAUACGUUAUACUGUCAAAAAGGGAUAUACUAUCCAUGGAUGGGAACUCGGAAACGAAUUGAGUGGGAGCGGAGUUGGGACCAGAGUUGCAGCAGAUCAAUAUGCAUCUGAUACUAUUGCUUUGAACAAAAUAGUGCAAGAUGCUUACAAGAAUUCUGAAACUAAACCGUUGGUCCUGGCACCGGGAGGUUUCUUUGAUGAAGGAUGGUUCAGGGAAUUAGUAAAUAAGGCUGGGGCAUCAUUUGAUGUGGCUACUCACCACAUAUAUAAUCUUGGUCCAGGAAGAGAUGAACACCUUAUUGAAAAAAUCCUCGAUCCAUCUUAUCUCGAUGGAGAGGCUGAUACAUUUAGCAAACUUCAUAACAUCCUCAAGAGCUCUGGCAGUUCAGUGGUUGCUUGGGUUGGUGAGGCUGGAGGGGCAUACAACAGCGGUCGAAACCAUGUCACAAAUGCCUUUGCUUUUAGCUUCUGGUAUUUGGAUCAGCUUGGGAUGUCAGCUUCAUAUGAUACCAAGACAUACUGUCGACAGACAUUGAUUGGUGGAAACUACGGUUUACUCAAUACGACUACUUUUGUACCAAAUCCAGAUUACUACAGUGCUCUUCUUUGGCACCGAUUAAUGGGAAGGAACGUUUUGUCAACAAGUUUCUCAGGGACAAAGAAAAUACGUGCAUAUGCUCAUUGCGCGAAGCAAUCUCCAGGUAUCACAGUACUGUUGAUAAAUCUUGAUGGCAACACCACCAUUCAUGCCAGAGUUGAUUUUAACGGUACUAUGUUACAUCGACGAAAACACAGACGUCAUCAUAGCCUCAGAAAGAGUUCAAUUCAACUGUCUAAAAGUAGCAAAAUAGCAUCAAACACAAGAGAAGAAUACCAUUUAACAGCAAAAGAUGGAGACUUGCAAAGCCAGACAAUGCUUCUAAAUGGAAAUGCACUUACUGUAGAUUCAUUUGGCAAUAUACCUACACUGGACCCUAUAUUUGUCAAUUCAACAGAGGCGAUAACCGUCGCGCCAUUCUCUAUUGUAUUUGUACACAUACCAUAUGUACUUUUGCCUGCUUGUAGCUGAGUAGUGUGUAUGGAGCCAAAGAAAGGGUUCCAUUUGAUGAUUCAAGUGGUGUACGGGAUCCAAAAGGGGUUCCGUUUGAUUAUUGAACCAGUAAGUUACACAUAGAAUAUGUAAAGAGGGACACAUGCAUUAUUCUUUUUCUCUAAGAGAAAAUAUAAGCAUUUUAUUCUUGCUAGACAA